AUGCAAGAUUCGAAUCCUGGCCUGAUCACAUCUUCUGUGGGUGGUGUUGGUUUCAAUGUCGCUUUAGCAAAUCAUUACUCGUUGAACUCAAAAAAUCUCACCAACAAGUCUCGUCUUGUGAGUGCAUUGGGUGACGAUAUUGCCGGUGCGGGAAUAUUGACCCUUUUAAAGGACUAUGGAAUUGAUCAUAAUGGUGUCAAAACCCUUUCUGGAUGUAAAACGGCUCAGUAUGUGGCAAGCAUUGAUUCGAAUGGACACUUAUUACUCGCAUCGGCCGAUAUGAGAAUCAUUGAAAGUCCACAAUGCGUUGAUCAUAUCGUGAGUGAAAUUGGAAAAUCACAGCCGAAGUUGAUAAUUGUUGACUGUAAUCUCCUGAAGAAUGGUUUGGAUGCUGUGCUUGAGGCUGCUUCAAGUCUUCCCAUUACUCCACGGAUCAUAGUAGAGCCCACUUCGGCCCCAAAGCUGAGUCGAUUGGUUGAGGUGAAUACGUCUCGUUUAAAAGUGUACCCACAGAACCUCAUUCUGAUGAUCACUCCUACUGCUGAAGAACUCGCUGUGAUUCACAGUUCUUUUGGCAAAAGAGAAUUUUUUGACGACUAUGACUCUUGGUUUCCAUUAUUGGAUCUGAUGGGAAUUGAUUCCUUAUUCAGAGAGAAAAUGGUCUCUCUCGCCGGCAAAAACGAAGCUAUGAAGCACAUGCUUGAGAAAGGAAUAGUGCAGCAAGCAGUCCAGAUUCUUCCCUACAUACCAAAAAUUUUGGUUAAAUUGGGAUCAAGAGGAUGUGUCCUCUUCUCUCUUAACACAAACGUUAAUGACUAUAAAUCAGUGCCCACGACAUCUCCAUUCAAGCCAACGUUCACUUUGAUCUCGAAAGGUCGCAACUAUGAAGAAGGAAAAACGUUAGGUAUCACCAUAGAGUAUUUCGCUGUCCCACCAGAGAAUGCAAACUUAUCGGUUGUUGAUGUCACUGGAGCAGGCGAUACCCUUUUGGGAUGCUUGGUGGCCCUGCUUGCUCAAAACGACUGGCUCACAGAUGGUGUAGAACUGCUAGAGCAGGAAUGGGGAAAAUGGGAAGGAAUAUACAAAUCACAGGUAGCCAGUGGCUUGACAAUUGAGAGCUCGCAGGCGGUCAGUGAAGCCAUCCGCACCAUGAAAUAA